CUUUAUUUUUAUGUGCUAGAUUCAAAGUCAAAUGUUUGUUUUACAUAUACACACGAAACUCUGAAAUUGUCACACCAUUUACAGGUUCAAUUCCAUGGCACCGCCUAAAUACAGCAUGAACUUGGCUCUUUGUUUUCUAUUAUUUUGUGUCCAUGCGAUAGUAUUAAUCUUUGCCGCAAGUUCUGAUGGGCAUGGACACGAAUCACAAGACUGGUUAAACCAUGGUGGAGAUUUAUUCAACAGAAGAUAUGCUUACAAAGAGCAUAAGAUCAGCCCCAAAACAGCACCGAACCUACGAUUGAAGUGGAAAUUCUUUGCAGGAAGAGACAUUAGUGCAACACCAGCCAUAUAUGAUGGUACCCUUUAUUUUCCAAGCUGGGAUGGUAACAUCUAUGCAGUUAAUAAAGCGAAUGGAUUGCUUGUUUGGAAGCAGAACUUGCAGAAACUGACAGGUAUAAAUGCAACUGGCGGUGUUCGCAGUCUGAAUUGGACCGUGUCAAGGUCAACUCCCACAGUGGCUGGGGAUGAUUUAAUGAUAAUUAAUGUGUAUGGCCCUGCUGUUGUUAUUUGUGUCAAAAGAACAAGUGGUAAGCUUGUGUGGAAGACCACUUUGGAUUACCAUCCUGAAGCACUCGUCACCAUGUCUGGAACAUAUUACAAAGGAUAUUACUAUGUUGGAAUAUCAUCACAGGAAUCACUUCUACCCAAAGAGCAAUGCUGCAUAUCUCGUGGAAGUUUUGUAAAACUUAGUGCUCGAUCUGGUGAAACGUUGUGGAGGACUUAUAUGUUGCCAGAUAACAAUAACAGAAGAGGAGAAUAUGCAGGAGCUGCCAUUUGGGGAAGCAGCCCGUCCAUUGACGUUAAAAGAAACCAUGUCUAUAUUGCCACCGGCAAUCUCUAUUCUGCUCCAUUACACAUACUUCAGUGUCGCGAGAGACAAAAUAAUCGAACUGAACCUACUCAACCAGACGAGUGUAUCGAACCAGAAAACCACUCCAAUUCUAUAUUAGCCCUUGAUUUGGAUUCUGGGAAGAUCAUUUGGUACUGCCAGUUAGGAGGAUAUGAUGUAUGGACUUUAGAUUGUAACAAUGCUUCAACUCCUAAUUGUCCUCCCCGAGGUCUCAGGCAAGAUGCUGAUUUUGGGGAGGCACCAAUGAUGUUGACAACAUAUAUAAAUCAAACCAAGAAAGAUAUAGUUGUUGCGGUCCAAAAAAGUGGUUAUGCCUGGGCUUUAGAUCGCAACAAUGGUAACAUCAUUUGGUCUACGGAAGCUGGGCCGGGCGGGCUUACUGGAGGUGGAACAUGGGGUGCAGCAACUGAUGGAAAAACAGUUUACACAAAUAUUGUCAAUUCUGAUGCCAAAAAUUUUACUCUUGCACCAUCAAAUGUGAUUACAACGGCUGGUGGGUGGGUGGCAAUGGAUGCUAGAAAUGGUAGAGUUCUUUGGUCGACAGCUAAUCCUAGUAACAGCACUGCUAAUGGCCCUGUUAGUGUUGCAAAUGAAGUUGUCUUUGCUGGAUCCGCGGAUAGACUGGGAUACAUAUAUGCAAUUGAUGCCAAGAGUGGGAAAAUUUUAUGGUCCUAUAAAACUGGAGCCAGUGUCUAUGGUGGCAUGUCAAUCAGCAAUGGGUGCAUAUACGUGGGUCAUGGAUACAGUGUUGGUCUUGUUUUCAGCUAUACGGGUGGUACCAAACUGUUUGCCUUCUGUAUUGUCUAAGAAUUUAUGUGGUUAAUACGAGUGUUUGUAUUAGUUUUAUUUUAAAAAUAAUUGAUCUCAAAAUUAUGUGAUUAUCAAACACAAAAUUUAAAUGGAUCAAUAGAAUGGAAAUAUGAGCCUCAAGUAUUAUAAGAAUAUUCUUCCAUGAUUACGAAGAUCUUCAAUAUGUAAGUGCCCUUGAUGAUGAUGCCUCAUUCCUAAGGUUGUGUUUGUUUUUGAAGAUAGAAAUAAUAUUGGAGAUAAAUUUUG